AUAGCUUCUGGCUGCAGCAGUAAGACAUCGCAAGCGGGAUUCCAGAAUGGCGCGCUUACUCUUUGCUCUUACCCUGGCAGCUGCCGUGGCUGAUGAGUGUCCUUUGGAAGGCUGCGAGGAGGCCGGGCUGAUGCAGCUCCAGGGCAAAAAGGAGAACGUGGUGCAUGAGGCUGACCAGGACCGUCCACGUCGUGAUCGACGAGAUAGCCGCUACGAAAGCUAUCACCACUACAAACAGUACAGCUAUGGACCUUCGCCACCUACUCGGCAGUCGACGACAAGUGAACCGGCAGACCCCUCGACGACAACUGCAACACCGGCGCCCCCGCCGCCACUGAAAUGCGAGGAUGCUGAGCCCCAAGCUCCGCGCAAUGUCAGCUGCGGCUUUGUUGGAGAGAAGAAGGCCAGAGUCAAACCUUUGGAUUCCGACUCCGUUAUCAAGUUCAUCCAGUGCAACCUCCACUUUCACUUGGGGGCGGAGCACCUCAGUGCUGGUGAAUAUGAUCUUGACUCUCCACCACCAGGAACUGAAAAGGCCUCAACGGUUACGCCUGGAAAGUUCUGCAGCGUUUGCGACAUCCCGCCCGUGCAGCUUGAGCCAUAUGAAUUUGAGUAUUGCAAGAAUGUCUCAGUGGGCAACACCUAUGAAUUCCACUGGGUCUUCUCGACCGGCGCCCCGCUGGUCGGCUUGCGUGACGAUGGCGAGGAGGGUCAGCUGGGCAUCACUGACGGCUUGGGCGGUGCCCUGAACCGAACGAACAACCCAAAGGUCAUCGUGCGUGGCCAGGCUUGCCGCAUCAUCAACAACGCCUCGCUUGACACGGAGGCAAAGAUCGAAGCGGACUAUGCAGACUUCCUCACGCAGUGGCGCACGCCACCCGCAGGGCAGGGAGUUCGAUACAUGGGCUCCACCACUGGCGACGCCUUCAACGACGAAGUCUGUUCACCGAUCGAAGUGAAUUGGCAUGUGGACACCAAGUGCUGCACACUGUCGGCUCAGGCCUUCGACAGGACUUGCAAGGCAAUGUACGAUGAGGGCUUGCGCGACGACCUGAAGCCGAAAGGUUCUCGGGCCCCAGUGUCUGCAGCAAAUUCAGCGAAGGUGGUCUUUCCGCUCAGUGAGCCCACCUGCAGCAACUAGACCUCUUUUGAUGGGGCCAGGCAGGUUGUCUCGAAGCCAGUGCACUGCAUGCGAUCGGCGAUCGUAGUGCCCAAAAGCCGAGAUUGCUGCAUUAGGUUCCAUUCGGAUUGCUGCGUGUCAAUGGGCUCGCUAGACUCUCCGCUUGAGUACGUUUCAAGACUUGAAACUAUACUAUCUAUGGUUGCUCGAAUCAAUUGAAUUCUGUAUAGCUUUGCAGUCUGAUACUUCGCCUGUGGCGUAAACUGUCAGACUCAAAAGAGACAUUG